UUCUGUUCGGUGUGGUGUUGCGGUGAUUUUGAGGGGCCAGCUAAAGAGAGCAAGAGAGGGAGAGAGAGAGAGAGAGAGUAAGCUCUCGCACACACGCUCGUCAGAGGGUGGCGAGAGAAGAGCCUCGUUUUCCCUUUGAGAGACGAUCGCGGCACCGGGGAGCAAGUAACGUUAAUCUUACGGUAGACUCGGCAGCAUCGGUGCGAAGUAACUAAUCGUCGAUCGUGCGUCGAGAGAGAGGACCACGUCGUCGCAUCGUCGAGCCCUCAGGGUCGUCCGCCGUCGACGACCGUGCUGGAUAGGGUACGGAAGAAGAGUGCCGACAUGUCGGCGUUGAACGCCGCGCUUUGUAGACGCGAGAUAAUCCUCUGGCUGGCCGCCGUCCUACUGCUGGCGUCACGAUCCACGCAUUCUGCGCCGGUAUACGAUCAGGAUACAACGCAGGUCGCAGAGUAUGAUGGAGCUACUACUGGAUGUUACUUCAAUUAUCAGCGUUAUCAAGAAGGCGAUAGGAUCACUACGAGCGAACCAUGUCUGAAUUGCACGUGCCACAAUCGAAUGCUAAUGUGUUACCUGAAGGUAUGUCCAUUCACGAAAGCAAUCGGCCAAGAUUGCACGGUGGAAAAGCGUCCGGAUCAAUGCUGCCCCGUGAUUACUUGUCCGGAAGUACCAGUCCAACUCUUGACGUCGACAACGAGUGCACCGGCGGAUUCCUCGGCGGUUGGCUUCCACGAUAAUUACGGAUGUCACGUCGAUGAGAGAUUUUACCCGGACGGCGCCAUGCUGCCGGUGGAGCAUCAUAAUCCUUGCGAGCUUUGCUACUGCAUCCGAAACAGAACCACAUGCGUCAUGCAAGAAUGUACUCUACAAGUGGCAGGAUGUAAACCGGUCUAUCAACCGGGCGUGUGUUGUCCAAUCAAAUACGAUUGCGAAUAUGACGAGGAACUUAGUACCACGGUUGGUCCAACCCCCGGGCUCAUCAUCACCACGACUCCACCUCCCGGCGCCCCCAUUCAAUGUUAUCACGAGGAUAAAGUUUACGAAGACGGUGAUCUGAUUUAUUCGAAUAAGCCUUGCGAGCAUUGUUACUGCUUCGGAGGUGAAAUCGCUUGCGCGGUGCAAGAUUGCGGAAGGCCGAUGCAAGCGCACGGAAAGAAUUGCACGGCCUUACCGCCACCAGAAGGAGAAUGUUGUCCGACCACAUACGAGUGCGAGGAAGAGGAACAAGAAUUCAUCACGCCAUCAGAAGAAGAACAACUUCCGGAGCAAGUAUCACACGAUUUAUUGACGACCGCGUCCCCCGUGCUAAUCGAUCAGGAGGAUCAGCAAGCGAAGGGUGAGCAUCCUCAGGAAACAUUCCCAGGCGCCGACAAUGCUAUACCGCAGGAUCACGAGGGAGAGGAAGAAGAGAAUAUUCAAGAAACUAUUGAACACGUUACUCAGGAACAUAUUCCUACUGAGAAACCAGAAGAACAACCCGCAACAUCACCAACAGAAGAGAACGCUUUACCCGAGACAGAAACUACCGCUAUUGAAAAGGAAGCCAGUCCUUCUCCUGCUGAGGUGACAUCGGAAGAGGCAGUAACUACUAAAGUACCCUCCGAAGCAGAAGUAACGAAAACGGAAGCGCCUACGACAGUACAAAAAACUGAAGAAAGUUUAGCUACCGAAGCACCUGCCGUUGAACUGCCGGAAGCUUCAUCUAUCUCGGAAGGUUUACAACCAGAAGAGGAAGCGGCAACUACAGAACAUGUACCUGAAGAACGCAUAAGCACGGAAGAAAGUGUAAUUGAAAAAGAACAACCGAUUGAACCUGCCGUUAGCGAAGAAACGCAGACCGAAAAUGUAUCAGAGGAGACUACUAGUCCACACGAAGAACUUUCCGCAGAGGUGACUAAAGCAGAAAAAACAACGGAAGAAGGACAAGUAAGCGUAACAGAAGAGUCAGAAAGACCAGAGAUCUCGACUGAAAUUGUUGAGAAAGCAACAUUACCAGUCGUAAAAGUUGAAGAGCCUAGUAUUAGCACUGUUCCUGAAUCUAUAACAACCGAAACAACGAGGGAAAGCGAAGAAAAAUUAGAAACUACACCAAGUGAAAUCUUGGCGACUGAGACAGAAGUAUCGAUAAAAGAAAUAACUACAACUAUAGCUCCUGAAGUGUCUAGUACUGAAAAAAUCACUACUGAAGAAGAAAUAUCUCAUCCAACAGAAACCGCUGUUACAGAAGAAGUUCAAUCGACUGAAGUGAGUAGUUUACCUACGAAACAACCUGCCGAAGAAGAACCAAUAAUAAGCAAAGAGGAGGAAGAACAACGACCGGAAGAACCGACAUCCGAGCAUGCAAUAAUCGAAAAAGAGCAUGCCACUAUUGGCGCUAAAAAGGAAGAUGCCGGUUUAACUGAGAGUCUCCCAAUAGGCGCAGAACAUAUUACUACAGAGGGACAAGUGGAGGAAUCUACUUCGGAAAUUCCAGCUCAAAGUUCAACCGGCAUACCGAUUCCUGAGCGAAGUCCAGAACAGAAAGCGGAAGAUGAGAAUGUGUAUCAUGUGACUGAAGGUUAUUAUGACAUUACACAUCCAGAAAUCAGUCCCGAUAAUCUUAUAACUGAACAUCCGCAAAAAAUUUCUACAACAUAUGUUCAGCAAGAACAGGAGACUACGUUAACUUCGAUAGAAGAAACUUCGAAACCGAUUGCGGAGGAAACUGAAGUACCGGAAGAAGAAAGUGCGAAACCAUAUCCGGCAGAAGUUACAGAAAUAAAUCUACCAAGUCAUAAGCCAGAAAUCACUACGGAAGAAACAAAAACGGAAAGUAUUCCUGAAGUUCAGGCUAGCACGGAACCUUCUGCAACCACUGUUUCUCAUAUACCAGAAGAAAAAAUAUCUGAGGAAACUGAGAAACCUAGUGUAUCGAAAGAGAGCGAAACCGAAAUAUCGCCAACGGAAAUUCAGUCAACGGAAGAAACUCUCAAGGAAAAAUUGCCUGCAAAAGAAUUUGGUAUUAAAAAAUCUGAUUCUUCUGAACCAGAAAUUAGUGAGAAAGAGGUUCAACCAAAGAAAGAACAGUCAAGUGAAGAGGGAAUAGAAACUCAAUCUCCGAUCAUAACGGAACCAGAAAUUUCUACCUCUCUUCCAGUUGAAUAUGAAUAUUCAUCAACAGUACUUCCGAGUCUUGAAGAAGAACAAGCAACAAAAGGUGAACAUAUUACCGUAAUUCCUGAACAAUCGACCGUGCCACAAAUUGGAGAAGUAGAAACUGAAAUUACUCCUAUUGAAAAAGAAAAGCCAAUCGAGGAAUAUGCUACAGAACAAUCUACUGUUUUACCAGGUAUAAUUGAAGAAGAAAAUGAAAUACAAACUGAGAAACCUAUCUCGAAAGAGACAGAAACCACGAUAGCAACAAAGACGAUAGAAGAAGCCGAAGAGAAAGUUACGACACAAGCUCCUAUUGAAAAAGAAAAAACUGAGCAACCUGAACAAUAUUCAACCGAAAAGACUUUAGAAGAAGUUGCUACUACAGAAAGCCAUGAUGUGCAACAAACCGAGACACCUGCGAUCGAGAAAAAGCCUGAGGAAACAGAAGGUACGGAAGGCGUGUCAACGGAAGGUAUAGAACAACAAACUGAAACAGUGAUAACAGAAAAGGAACCAAGCGAAGAAAAAGAACCAUCCGAAGAAAAGGAACCAUCCAAAGAAAAGGAACCAUCCGAAGGAAAGGAACCAUCCGAAGAAAAAGAACCAUCCGAAGGAAAGGAACCAUCCGAAGAAAAGGAAUCAUCCGAAGAAAAGGAACCAUCCGAAGAAAAGGAACCAUCCAUAGAAAAGGAACCAUCCGAAGAAAAGGAAUCAUCCGAAGAAAAGGAAUCAUCCGAAGAAAAGAAACCAUCCGAAGAAAAGGAACCAUCCGAAGAAAAGGAACCAUCCGAAGAAAAGGAACCAUCCGAAGAAAAAGAACCAUCCGAAGAAAAGAAAUCACCCGAAGGAAAGGAACCAUCCGAAGGAAAGGAACCAUCCGAAGAAAAGGAACCAUCCGAAGAAAAGGAACCAUCCGAAGGAAAGGAACCAUCCGAAGGAAAGGAACCAUCCGAAGGAAAGGAACCAUCCGAAGAAAAGGAACCAUCCGAAGAAAAGGAACCAUCCGAAGAAAAGGAACCAUCCGAAGAAAAGGAACCAUCCGAAGAAAAGGAACCAUCCGAAGAAAAGGAACCAUCCGAAGAAAAGAAACCAUUUGAAGAAAAGAAACCAUUUGAAGAAAAGGAACCAUCCGAAGAAAAGGAACCAUCCGAAGAAAAGGAACCAUCCGAAGAAAAGGAACCAUCCGAAGGAAAGGAACCAUCCGAAGAAACUAUAGAAGUAAAACCACCGGAAGUUACAACAGAAAGUAUCGAACAGACAGAAUUACCUGUAGAACAUCCUAUCGAAACAGGUGAAGUUGAGAAAGAAAGUGAGGAAAAAAUCUCUACGCCUGUAUCUACGGAGGAAGUGCAGACAGAAAUUCCUGUAGUUGAGAUUGGAUCCACUGAAUCACCGGCCGUGGAAGAAACAGAGAAAAUACAAACUGAACCUUCCGUUAGCGAAGAAUAUAUACCAAGUCAACCUCCAAUUCCUUCAGACCGCAAGGAGGAUCAGGAAUCUGUUGAACCAAAACCAAGCGAAGAAAAGCAUGAAGGCGAAGCACAAGUGACUCAGGAACCAUCUCUCGAAGAGAAGAAAGAGACUGAGACGUAUGAAGAAUCACAAAAGACGACAGUUUCUUCUGAGGAAGCUGUUACUGAAUCUGUUCUACCUGAAGAAAAGCCGACUGAGGUUGCUGGUACAACGACGCUCACUGAUGUAGGUCACGAAGUCGUUACACAACCAACUGUAGAAGAACUACCUGAAGUGAGCGAACAACCGGAAAAUGUCACGACAGAACAAGAAGAACAAACUCAGAAACCAGUUACUGAACAACCUGAGAUACAUGUAAGAAAAGAGACUGAAAUACCUAUUUCUGUAACUUACGAAGGUUCUUCUAUAACUCCUACCAGCGUUCCUAGCGAAGAAGAUGUUAGUAAAUCGACCGAAGUUGCAAGCGAAGGUACUACAAUACUUGAGCCUAUUGAAGAGCCGACGAAGCAUGAAGGUGAAGUUUCCGUCGAAACAGAAAUUACAUCUACAGAAUCUAUAUCUUCGGAAGAGAGACAACCGGAGACACACGAGCAGACUACACAAUCAUUAGUAACAGAAGAAUCAACUCAGGAAGUAGGUGAAGAGCUUACUGAAAUAUCCACAAAAGAAAGCGCGAUUCCAGAAACGUCUAAAGUACCUAUUACUGAGGAGCAACCACAGAGGCCCGAAGAGAAAGAAAUUGCAAGUACGGAAGCGCCGAUUCAUGAAAAGGAGGAGGAAGAGGAACACAUAACAGUUGCUUUAACAGAAACUCCUGAAAUACAAAUUACUGAAAUACCAUUAGAAAAAAUACCUCAAUAUUCAACCGAAACGAGCAUUCCCGAAGAAACUCUUACAGAGAAAGAGAGUACAUCGGAGAUCGCACCUCGUCCAUCAGGUAUUCCGGGAGAAGGCAACUGCCUUGUCGAAGGACAAUCCUAUAAUAAUAAUUCGGCUGUUCCGCCGGCGAAUGUAUGUCAGACGAGUUGUCAUUGUAUUAGCAGUAUCGUUCAAUGUGAACUCGUGCAAUGUCCUCCCCCGCCAGCUCAUCUAUCGAACUGCAUGCCAAUUUAUACGAGCGGAGACUCAUGUUGUCCAAUGUAUGCAUGCGAUUCGACGCCAACUGCUGAAUUGGAAUCCGAUAGUCACGUAAUCGAGCCACAUAUUCCUGAAAAAGAGGAAGGCCAAAAGACUUCUUUGCCGGCAGAGAUAUCAACAGAAAAACCAGCCACAAAAGUUACUGAAGCAGUGGAAGAAUACAGUACAUUAGCUGGUGAGAUCAGUACGCCGGAGACACAACCUGCGGAAACCACUGUUUCUUCCAUUUCUCCAUCGGAAGAAGAAGUAGAAUUGACAAUUGAGAAGCAGCAGACCACUCUAAAAUCUAUCGAAUCAGUUUACGAACAGCCAACUACAAUUUCGCAAUCUAUUGAGACGCAGCCUGAAGAACAUACUAUCAGUUCUGUACCUGAGACAUCACAGGAAUCUGUCACUCAAGUACUCGAAGAAGAACAUACUGUGCUAACAAAUGUGCCAGAAGAAGUUACCGAAAGCAAAAUUAGCGAAAAAGGAGAAGAUGUAACAGAAUCGAUAACUUCGACUGAGCAAUCACGGGAGCAGACUGUCGAACAACAAACUUCUGUUAGUGGCGAAGAACAAGUAAUCACUUCCACGCCUAUAUCUCCAGAACAAGAAAUUCAUGGUGAAGAAGUUACAACUCCUAUUGUAGAGAAAGAUAUUUCCGUUCCUGUUGAAAUAGAAAAAACUUCAACAUCUACUGAGAAAGAAGAAGAAAUUACGACUAUUAGAAUUGAUAAGGAAGAAGAGGUUACUACUACGUCUACCAAAGAACAAGAAAAACCUUCCGAAGAAAGUAUCGAGGAGCAAUCUACGCUUAAAUCGAUUGAAGAAGGCGAGAUACAGCCUGAAGAAAAGAUACCAAUAUCAACUUCUGAAAAAUCAAUUAUUGUUGAAGAAGAGUUAUCAACGAAACCGGAAAUUUCAGAAGAACAAAAGACUGUUGAACCAACUGAAUACGAGAGCACUUCCAUUUCUGAAGUUCAACCGACGGAGCAUAAACUCGAAAGUGAAAUUGAACAUGAAGAAGAAAAGGAACAUGAAGUGGUUACAUCGACUGAAGGUGAACAAGCUACUCAGACUGAAAAACCAGAAAGCCAAACGAAAUUGCCUGGCAUUGCCCCGAGUAGUACAGAGACACAGGAACCAAUCGCACCUGUUACUGAAUCGACGACUUUGAUACACGAGCAUACGGUGACCGAGGAAGCGCCAUUAGAGGAACAUACAACUAUAAAAUCUAUAGAAGUUUCCACAGAAGAAAGUAAAGAAAUAACAUCUAUAGAAGUUUCCACAGAAGAAAGUAAAGAAAUAACAUCUAUAGAAGUUUCCACAGAAGAAAGUAAAGAAAUAACAUCAGAAGUUUCAACUAAAGUUCCUGAAGAAGAACCUAUUACUACCUUGCCCGUAGAAACACAAAAACCUGAGAAAACAACUGAACAGGAAUUAGAAAAAUCUAGCGAAGAAAGUGUUAAACGAGUCGAAGAAUCUACUCCUGAAGUUUCUCACGAAGAAACAUCGCCGGAAACAACGGAAAGCGCAGCAGGAAUAGAACCUACGGAAUAUGCUGAAGAACAUACGGAACCAUCAGAACACGAAAAAGAACCAUCUGUCACAAAAUUACCCGAAGAAAAACCAUCUGAAACUGAAUCUCCGAUUAGUACGGAACAACCAGUAAAAGCUAUUGGAGUUGAAGAAACUUCUGAAGCAGAAGCAGAAUAUGAAAAGCCUACUGAAUCUACUACUAUUCAUGAACCAGAAGGUACGCAAAUUUCGAUUGAACAGCAUCCAGAAACCGAAAUUGAAUCUCAUACACCUAAAUCACCUGUCGAAGAGCAUACGAUAGUCGAAGAAAUACCAACAACAUCUGUAUCUGUAGAAAAAGAAGCCAGCGAACCAUCUGUUACAUCGGUAAAGGAAAUUCAGCCAAGUCUAGAUGAAGUGGAAACUAAGCAGCCUAUUAUUCCCGAAGAAGAAACCGUAACACCAGCUGUAGAAGAAGAACACAUUACUGUUCCAAUCGAAGAGCAUACUUUGAAAUCUGAAGAGUAUCCUGUCAAAAAACAGACUGUUAUUCCUAGUGAAGGCGAAGCAACAGAAAGCAGCAUUUCAACGGAAGAAGCUACGUCGGAAAGCGUAACAAGCCAACAGGAACAAACAGAAAAGACUGUAGAAAGUGCCAAACCCGAAACGGAAUUGCCCACUUUAACGGAAGAACAAACUAGUAUUCCCGAAAUUCACACAGAAGAAGAAGAGCAGAAACCUGAAACCGGUAUAACGAAAGAAACGGAUAAAGAAAAACCGAUCACGGAACAAGCUGUUGAAGAGGAAACUGUAACAUCUGCCGGUAUUACGGAAGAGUAUCCUGCUACGGAAGAACAUACCGAGCAAGAAAUUGAAAUAAAAAUUCAUGAACCAACGGAACUUGAAACAACAAUUGCUCCAAAAGAGCAGGAACUUGAAAAGGAAGUUACAAAUGUGCCGGAACAUCCAUUAAGCGAAGAAGCGACAACCGAGCCAAGCUUGAUACCUGAAGAACCAAUAUCUGUGAAAAUAGAAGAAGAGGAAAAAGAGACUCAUAAACCUGAAUAUCAAACAACAUCAUCUAUUGCAGAAGAAGAAGCAUCGAAACCAGUGACCGAAGUCAGUGAAGUAGAACAACUUUUACCCGAAGAAGAAUCUACACCUGAAAGUGCAACAGAGAAACCGGAGGAAUCUAUUACAAAGGUUUCUGUCGAAAUAAGCACAACCGAAAAGUUUGCAGAAGUUUCAUCUGAAACAGAAAAACCAGGUGUACCAGAACAAGUAACAGAAUUGCCCGAGCAACAAGGUGAAAGUACUACAAAAUCAAUUCAAGAUGCUGUAUCCGAAGAGACAUUACCAGAGAAAAUAAUUCCAGUAGAAGUGAUACCAGAAACUGAAGAGAAGCCAAGCGAAACUUCUACAGUAGGUGAAGAGGAAGCACAUUCUACUGAAUCUGGUCUUCCAGUUGAAACAACUUCCAUUCGCGAAGAAGAACAACCGUCGAUAACGAAACUACAGCCGACUGAAGGUCCUCUUCCUUCCGAAGAAGAGACUCUUGCACCGGGAGAGAUUCAGCCUAGCGAAUCUGAAGAAAGCGAAAUACAUCCUAGUAUACCUGAGGAACCUCAAUCUACUACGGAACCUCAAUCUACUACGGAACAUGCGUCCGAAACAUCUGUCACAAUAAAAGCCGAAGAGCAUCCGGAAACCGAGCGACCAGAAAUUGUUACGGAAGCUGCAGUGCCAACUGAAGGCCCAACCACGAUAUCUGGCAUACCAACUGAAUUACCUGAAGAGAAAACUACUAUCAGAACAAUAUCAGAAGAAGCCGAAACCCAAGGCUCAAUAAGGCCUGAAGAAGGUGUGCAACCUGCGAAAAUACCGAUUGAGGAACAUGGCAUAAAGGCACAACCGGUAUCAACGGAAUUACCAAUCGGAGAAUCUACAGAGGAAAUUCCUGAGGAGGAAGUUCCUUCUCAAGAGAGCGAAGAAGUCGGUCAUCCUCAUUUUGAUCAAUUCCCGGAGGCUACCGUAAAACCAGAGACUGACUAUUCCGCGGAGGGCGAAUUAACGUUGGGAUCUGACGAGGAGCAUUUGCGACCCGUCAAUCAUACCGUAGAAUCAACGGAACGACCAUAUCAACCUAGCUUCCAUGAACAGCGACCAGCAACUACUCUAGCGCCUCAUGUUCCGGAGUAUCCCGAUCAAUCGGGCGAAGAUUAUUCUCAUUUCCCUUCGCAAGACGGUUUGAAUCCCAAUGAGGAUUACGAUGAAGAUGAACAGGUUUACGGACCGGGCACCUGCCGAUACGGAGGCAAGGUUUACGUCUCGGCGCAACAGAUACCGAGAGAUGAUCCAUGCGACUUCUGCUUCUGCUUCAGAAGUGACAUCAUCUGCUUGCAGCAAAGCUGCCCGCCGCCUAUUCCAGGAUGCCACGAGGAACCGAUCAGCGGUUUCUGCUGUCCUAGAUACGAAUGUCCUGUAUCGAUGGCCAUGUCUCUUAACUUGACCACUACGACUACUACGACCACGACUACGUUACCGCCACAUUUUCACCCUCACGCUUAUAAAGGCGCCGCGAGACGAAGCGGCUGCCAAAUCCGUGGUCAAGCAUAUCGAGUAGGAGAGGUCAUUAAAUCGGCGUCUGGACCUUGUCUUCAGUGCACCUGCGGAGGUGACGGCAACAUGAAAUGCGAGCCGCGAAUGUGCAGUCCAGAACCGAUGCUGAGGCAAAUGAUCGCCACGGCUACAGCCAAGAGAAGGAGAUGAGCCGCCAAACUGGAUCGUCUUUACAAAGAAUCAUAUACGAGAACGACGAAGUCGACAGCUGGAUUCAGUGUUGUAUAAAAGUGAAUUAAAAUUAUUCUAAACUACCUAAACGUCGUGCGGAACACAGACAAUAAUGUGCUUCGACGAUCACGAACUGAGUGGCCAAAACGUAAACGUUUAUAUUAAUAAUAUUAUAUUAUGUUAUAUAUAUAAAAAAAAGAGAAACAGCGAUAUGAACGAGAGAUGAUGGAGGUAAUAAUAUCGGUCGGAGACCCGUAGGGAAUUUACUGCGUAUCGAGGCGCGUUAUCGGUGCUAAUACGCGAUCACGGAAGAAGGAAACGAAGAAGCGCAGAUAUAGAAAAUAUAAGAAAAAAAAAAGAAUAAAUUUCGUUCGUGAUAAUUCCGCGUUCUGUCUCAUGGGAUAUUUUGUACGCUCUGAAAAGAGGAGAGAAAGAGAGCAAAUUACUGAACGUACGAGACUUAUGACUGUGCCUUCGUCAAGUGUCGAAUAUCAAUGCUUUCGUUUCGGCAACGAGCGCCGUCCGCAGCCACGGUCAUCGUCGUCGGUAUUUUAAAUAAGCCCGAAGAAUCGCGAGCACUUUGUAAUGAUAGAAAAAGGAGGGAGAAAGGGAAAGGAAAUGCGACGAAUGCGUUUCGUACGACGCAUAAAACGAAAAAAAAAAAAAAGAAGAGAAAAUUCAUUGCGCUAGUCGAUCGCGCAGUGAUACUGAAACAGUGGAAAGAAUCGUACGAAGAAUACCCCUCGAUUUGCAGAGCUCGUUCUCUCUAACUAGCUUAGAAGUUUUUUAAACCUUUUUGUACGCAAACUACACGUCCACGGUAUUCCUCUUACGAUUUAAAAAUUCAGAAGCGAGAGAAACAUAAACAUGAUGGCGUAUCACUGCGACAAUCUCAAGCGACGAUGAUAUGUCAUUAUUUGCUACGCGAUCGAGCGCGUUUUGGAUCGUUUAUUCGGCUGCUACUGUGUGUCCUAAUGAUCGGGUCACAUUAUUCAAGUUUGCUGACAUUCACGCGCACUUGAACACGAUCGAGAUUAAUAGAUCGGCACAAUUAGCCGAUCGUGCUUCCAGUACUCUUAAGCCGCGAGGAUCCUAAGAUCCUAUAGUCGUUUUCCUCUCGAGGAAGAACUCUCGAUCGAGCCAUCUCUAUCUUUUUUUUUUUUAAUUCGCUCCAUCAACCGUAUACAGUGCCAAGAUCGUGUCCUAGUGCGCGCGCGGGUGUGUGUAUGUGCGUGUGUGUGCGUGGUGCGUAUAAUAUGUUAAAGGAUGAAAGAGAGAGGAAGCCAGAGAGACGAAAGAUACACGCAUCUCAAAGCUCAAACAGCGGCUCGCGCGGAGGACCGACCCGAGAAUUUGCUUCUCCGGCGAGCUGGCGUCAUUAUAUAUAUAUAUAUAUAUAUAUAAAUAUAAAUAUAUAUAUAAAUAUAAAUAUAUAUACAUUUAUAUAUAAUUCUUUAUAUACACUGUACCCUCCUGAUGAUAAUACUUAAUGAUAACAAUGUUCUAUACGUUUGUACGAAAGUAUAGUUAUCUAAGACGAGAUGAGAUAAUCGCGCUCGCACAGGUUCUCUAGUCUCAAAGUGUCGCGCUAGGAAAGAGGAGGCGAUACACGAUCUUCGAAAUCUUUCAGACCUUUCGGGAUCAUUUCCCGCGGGUCUAUUAUUUAUCUUGAUAGCAAUUAUACGCGACUCGCGACUUGAAAAGCGAGAAAUAUCGUGCAACCGUCACGCUUUGAGACUCUGGAACUUCGCGGGCUCUCUUUAGUAUAAUAAAUAGAUCGAAUGCUAUCGCGUCGCACAAAAUACUGCGCAUACUGUCUGUAUUUAUAAUAAUCGGAUGAAGACGAGUCGAAGUUCGGUCUUCCUGAUACCGGCGGCCCGUUAGUUCGAGUACUCGUUUAUUGAUAAUUAAGCUCAUAUCUGCCCGAGAGUACAGCUUCUUCUCGCGGAAAAUUAUCAAAUGAAAGCGUUUUCUCCUUUUGUUCAUGUAAAAGAUCUCUCUCGACUUGAAUGACCAACGAAUAAUCGCGGCGUAUUCAUAGAGCUUCCACGACAACACUCGAUCGUGAUAUAUACAAAGUAGCCAUAUUAUUACUGUUACUGUUUUCAGAUAUGAACAAGACCAAUAUUCCACGCACAAUAAUAAAUAAUUGAUACACA